CACAGCAAACAUGGAGAGAAAUCGCUGAAGACUCAUUAAAACUGAAAAUCCUAAAACAGAAACUUAUGCAGGUUGAAGAAACUACAAAAGCUUCACUCAGAGACUAAAUGGCUUCCAGGUUAGAGGAGGAUCUCUGCUGUCCGGUCUGUCAGGACGUCUUUAAGGAUCCAGUUGUUCUGACAUGUAGCCACAGCUUCUGUAUGGAGUGUGUUAAAAAGUUCUGGAAAGAUAAACCAACUCGGGAGUGUCCAAUUUGUCGAAGAAUAUCUUUCAGCAAAGAUCCUCCAAGGAAUUUGGUUUUGAAGAAUCUAUGUGAGUCCAUCCGCAAAGAAAGAGCUUCAGAGGAUCUCUGCAGUCUGCACUCUGAGAAACUCAGACUCUUCUGUCUGGACCAUCAGCAGCCAGUGUGUCUCGUCUGCAGAGAUUCCAAACUCCAUAAAAGCCACAGCUUUACACCCAUAGAUGAAGCUGCACAGGAUCACAGAGUGAAUCUCCGUUCAUCUCUAGAAACCAUCAAGAAAAAGCUAAAACUCAGGAAGAAAGUUCAAGAGGAGUUUGAUCAGACAGCAGAACACAUGAAGGUCCAGGCCCGACACACAGAGAGGCUGAUUAAGGAGCAGUUUAAGAAGCUUCAUCAGUUUCUAGCCUUCAACAUCUGGAGCAACAUGAAGAACAUGGUGUCCUACACUCCUCUCAUCCUGGGCCCAAACACUGCUCACCCAUACCUUAUCCUGUCAGAAGAUCUGACCAGUUUGAGGGAAGGAGACAAACAGGAGCUUCCAGACAAUCCAAAGAGAUUUGAUAAAAGAUGUUCUGUCCUGAGCUCUGAGGGGUUUACCUCAGGGAACCACAGCUGGAAUGUUGAUGUUGGGGACAGUGAAGUGUGGAUGCUUGGCGUGUUAGCAGAUUCUGUCCAGAGGAAGGGAGACAUAUGGUCUAGGUUGUGGGUCAUAUGGUUUAUUCAAGGUAAAUACACAACAUGGUCACCACCAGCUGUUCCCAAUGACCUUCAUAUCCAGAAGAAGCUCCAGAAGAUCAAAGUCAAACUGGACAUGAAGAAAGGAAGGCUUUCCUUCACAGAUCUGGACACUGACACACAAUUCCACAGCUUCAGACACCCUUUCUCUGAGAGAAUGUUUCCAUACUUUUAUACUGACACUGAGAUUAGUAUCUUACCAAUGAACAUUUCAGUAACUAAACAGUAG